GGCUCCCGGUGCAGCAUCUUCUCCUUCGAUGUAACCGCAAACAAAUCUCGUCUCCCGCUCGCAAAGAACGCCUUACGCAAGUUCCGCACGCUUCGGCACCCUGGUGUAAUCAAGGUCCUGGAUACUGUUGAGGUAGUCGCAACAACCACCCAUCCCGUAGACCUACGCUUACCGGACGCCAAGGCAGNNACAGAAACCUACAUCUAUAUUGCAACUGAACGUAUAACUCCUCUCGGCUGGAAGACAAAGAGAAAUGCCAUCUCCGAAGAGAGCAUCAAAUGGGGCCUGCACAAUGUCGCUAAAACACUUGCCUUUAUCAACGAGGAAGCCACCUCGGUACACGGCUGCAUCCGCUCCUCUUCAAUAUUCACCACCGACAGUGGAGAAUGGAAGCUCGGCGGUCUGGAUGUCUUGAGUUCUAUGAAGGAAGAUGAGGCCGUCAUCUACGUUCGUAUACAAUACCCUGAUGCAUACUACCAUUUGCUAAUAUCCACACUCAGANCAUAUGGAAGCCUUACCCCUGAUUCGGGACGCUAUGCUCCGCCCGAGGUUGCUAAAGGUGGUUGGGACAGCAUCAAACGGAGCCCUGUGUCUGCCGUCGAUUCCUAUGAUUUUGCUAUCCUUGUUAUUGAGGNNGUCUUCAACGGGGGUUUCUCGAGCAGUGACCAAGUCGGUCAGACGAAGGGUAUUCCUGUCAGUAUGCACGCUUCAUACAAGCGCCUGGCACAUGCAAACCCAAAGACCAGACUCAGCAUCGCUCAUUUCUUGGAACAAGGAAGAAAAUCUGGCUCGUUCUUUGACACGCCGCUUAUUCAGCUAACCGAUGGCAUUGAUAAUUUGGGUUUGAAAACUGAAACCGAGCGCGAAGAGUUCCUCCGCGAGCUCGAGGCUGUAGCCGAAGCGGAUGACUUCCCAGAAGACUUCUUCAGAGUUAAGGUGCUGCCUGAGCUGCUCAAGUCUCUCGAGUUUGGUGGUGGAGGUCCUAAGGUCCUAUCACUUGUCAUGCGUAUUGGCAAGAAACUUUCAGACGAAGAGUACGAGUCGACUAUUACACCUGUAGUUGUCAGACUCUUUAGCAGUCCAGAUCGUGCGUUGCGCGUGUGCCUUCUUGACAACCUACCACAUAUGAUCGACCACCUUCCUCAGAAGAUCGUCAACAACAGCAUUUACCCUCAGAUGACUGUAAAGGCAGUCUUGGUCGUAGUUCCCAAGCUGUCAGAUCGCAUCAUCAAUGGCGAACUUCUGAGAUACCUAGCUAAGACCGCAAACGAUGAGCAGCCAGGCAUUCGAACCAACACGACUAUCUGUCUUGGGAAGAUCGCGAAGAAUUUAGGCUCUAGUGUACGUGUUCUCCUUUGCCGCUUGAAGUCGUCUGACCAUCUCGCAGNNUCACGAACCAAAGUUCUCGUUGCUGCAUUUUCAAGAUCUCUCAGAGACCCUUUUGUUCAUGCUCGCAACGCGGCACUUUUGGCCUUGUCGGCAACAGCUGACUUGUUUACGGAAGAUGAUUGUGCGACCAAAUUACUACCAGCAAUCUGUCCAUCGCUUGUAGACAAGGAGAAGUAUANNAUUAUUCGAGACCAAGCCAACAAGACUCUGGAUCUGUACCUUCAACGCAUUCGCAAGUAUGGUCAGACUCUGCCUGAUAGUGUGUUACCACCACCAGAAGCUGCUGGCUCGAACGCGCCGCGCAUGAGCACCCCACAACCAGGUGGUGCAGGAGCAGGCUGGGCUGGUUGGGCUAUUUCGUCUUUCACCAACAAGCUUGCAACGGCCAGCGGAGAGAUACAGCCCAACAGCAGUGCCGCAACAACAGCCAGCUCGGAUCGACCAGCAUCUACUCCACCAACCAACUUGAGUCCGACAGCUACUCAGUCUCUUUCUGCUGGGCAAACGCGUCCCACACCAAUCUUCUCUCCAUCCGCUCCGACGGUCCCUAGAGUUUCUUCAAAUCUGCGCAAUGCGACUCCUACCAUGUCUGAUGUCGAUCAGGAAGACUUUGGCGAUGACUGGGGCGCGAUGGAUGAUGACGACGGUGCCGCUGAUGCAUGGGGUGCUCUAGAUGACAACGCACCGCCCGUCGCGACCACUAAAGCUUCGACUGCAUCCUUCAACGAUGGCGGUGAACCUGACUUCGAAGGUUGGCUGAAUGCGCAGGCGCAAGCCAAGACGAAAGCGAAGAACCCUCUACCUAAAGGAUUGACAAAGAGCAAGCCAGUAUCCGCAGCAUCAAAGCCGAUCGUGGCUCGGAGUGCAUCUGCAUCAGUCACAACCAAGGCCAACCCCGUAUCAAAGCCAGCACCUAGCAAACCGGUGAAGCCUGCGGCUAAGGNNGAAGAAGAGGAAGACGACUGGGGUUCAGCAUGG